AUGUAUUUGUAUGGAGCGUUUAAACUAUUAAAAGAUUCACUCACCGCACAUCCGGCCCCAAGGAACCUAAUUGGAAAGCGCGCAAUGGCAUGUUUAAAUGAAAACGAGAUUUGUGUUAAAGCCCCGUGGGGUAACAUCAGAGGAUUGACAUGGGGUAACCCUUCGAAUCCACCAGUACUGCUAUGCCACGGGAAGCUGGACGCUAGUUCAGGGUUCAGACCGCUAGUUUCCCUCCUGCCGGAUUCGUUCUAUUACGUGGCCAUAGACUUACCCGGCAAUGGCAGAUCAGAUCACCUGCCCCCAGGCGUCAGAUAUACCGUGAUAGAUCUCGUACCGGCCGUAAUAAAAGUGCGGGAGCAUUUCAAAUGGGACAAAUUCAUUUAUAUCGGCCAUUCUCUCGGAGUACCUAUUGGUAAAUUCUUCAACAUAGCCCACCCGGGGUACGUUACGCGGAUGGUGGAGGUGGACCCGGUGCCGGCCCAUCACACUUGGCCCACCACGAGGCAGGGCAUGAGGAAGUGGUUUCACGACUACUACGGCUUCUACGAAGAGAAGAAGUACGCGAAGUUCAACGGCGGACCGGAAACGGCUCCCAGUUACAGCUACGAAAAGGCUCAAGAGCUGAUGAUGAAGGCGAGAAGUCUCAGUAAAGAGGCGUCCGCUCAUGUACUCGAGAGGGUCCUUGUGCCUGCUGAGAAUGGUCUUUACAGAUUCACGUAUGACCAACGCAUGAAAGAAGUUACUGUUUUACCAUUCUCCGGAGAGCUCCUACAAAAGAUCUACACGCCAACAACCACACCGACCUUCUGUGUGUUGGCUCAAGGAAUGAUUGAUUAUGGCGCCUACACGGAAGUUCCAUUCGUUAUGGACCCAACAUGUUGGCCCAACAUCGAUUACAAGUAUAAAAUCGUUGAAGGUGGCCACGAUGUACAUAUCGACAAUCCUUCGUGCAUGGCUGACGACAUAGCCAAGUUCAUUUUAGAAGAAUUCAAAUCGAAAUUGUAAUUAAAUAAAAUU